CAAUGUUAUUGUCAGUUUAAACAUUAACUUUCAGGAUGAGACUCCGGACAUUUCCGACGCUGCACUCUGAGGACGUACAGACGACAGUAUGAGCAGCUUUGGGGAGAUCCUGAAGGAGAUUGGAGAGUUUGGUUUAUUUCAGAAGCGUUUAGUCGCUGCGUUAUGUAUUCCCAGCAUUUUCGUUGCUUUUGAUGUGAUUGGACAAGUGUUUACAGGCAUGAACUUCCCUCAUCACUGUAACACUGACUGGAUCUUGGACCGAGGACCCAACCUGACUGUGGAGAGACAGAUAAAUCUCACCAUCCCUGUGAACAAAGAUGGAAAGUAUGAGAGCUGUGAAAUGUUCACACCUGUGGAUUGGGAUUUGGAAAAGAUUGAAGCAUUUGGGAUUAACACAACAACAGGAUGCAUGAAUGGAUCCGAUUACGAGACACCCAAAGGUGCCUCCAGCAUCGUGACAGAUUUUGAUCUGGUGUGUGACAGGAGCAGUCUCAUUGAGGUUUCACAAUCCAUAUACAUGGCCGGUCUCCUGGUUGGAGCGUUGGUGUUUGGGCUGAUGGCUGACAGGUUUGGUCGACGCUUCGUGGUCCUCCUCUCGCUCCUUCAGCUACUGCUGUGUGGUGUCGCUGCUGCUUUCUCACCCAACAUCUAUGUCUACAUCGUUAUCAAAUUCUUAAGUGGCAUCUCAAUUUCUGGCAUCAUUACUAAUGCAUUUGUCAUAGGUGGAGAAUGGAGUGAUUCUUCCAAGUUUGCUCUCUGCACCAUCAUCUGCCACUCUACAUUUCCUCUUGGACUGAUGAUGAUGUCUGGCAUUGCGUAUCUGAUCCGUGACUGGAGGAUCCUGCAGCUGGUGCUCUUCUGCCCUCUUGUCCUUGUUCUGGGAAUCUUUUACUGGAUUCUUCCAGAGUCAGCUCGCUGGCUCCUCACCCAGGGCAAGAAGAAGGAGGCUAUAAAGGAAAUCUGCAGGGCAGCUAAGGUGAAUGGGAGGAAGGUCCCAGAAGACCUGGUAGAGAGGCUGGAAGCUGCAGGAACAUCCAAAAGAGGAAACAUGUUGGACAUCUUCAGGAUCUCCUACCUGAGAAAACGUGCUCUUGUAAUGAGCUUCAACUGGUUUGCAACUAGUCUGAUGUACUAUGGACUGAGCCUGAAUGUCGGAAACUUUGGUCUGGAUAUCUACCUCACGCAGUUCAUCUUUGGUCUCGUAGAAGUCCCUGCACGUCUGGGCUCUUUACCACUCAUCCAGCACUUUGGGAGGAGGAUAAGUCUAGCUGGGGUCCUGGUCUUUGCAGGUUUUACUUGUCUUGGGAUACUUGUGAUUCCAAAAGAUCUUCCUCAGGUCGUAACAGCCUUAGCUGUUCUUGGAAAAUUUGCAGCAACUACCUCUUUCUCAAUAGUCUAUGUUUACACAGCAGAACUAUACCCCACUGUUGUGAGGCAGAAUGGUGUAGGUCUGAACGCCAUGUGUGCUCGUGUGGCGGGAAUCCUGGCUCCAUUGGUCAGUCUCCUGGACGUCUACCAUUACACCAUCCCAAUGCUAAUAUACGGCACCAUCCCCAUUGCUGCUGGAGGUUUCUGUUUACUACUGCCUGAAACCUGCAACGUUGAACUGCAGGACCACACUGAACCAAGGGAACCUGAGAAUGGAGCUGCUGAGAUUUAAUUUAAUUUAGAAAAGAGCACAAAAUUAUAAUUCACAUGAGCAAAACAGAUUUCAGAGUUUAUAAUAUCAGGAACUAUGGCGUGUUUUCCACUUAACUGAUAGAGUGGUAACAGUAAUUUGUCAGACCAACUUUGAUCAGCUGACCAAAAUAAUCUCAUGUUCUAAACCAACAACUUGUAUCUUAGAUCCCAUUCUAUAAAAUAACUUAACGAAAUUCUGCCCCUAGCUGAUAGUACUUUACUGAACACAAUUAACCUGUCAUUAUCAUGAGAAUAUGUACCACAGUUCUUCAAACUAGCUGUGAUCAAACCCCUUCUCAAAAAAUCUGCCCUGGACCAUGAGGCUUUAGCCAACUACAGACCUAUAUCCAACCUUCCCUUCCUGUCUAAAAUCCUUGAAAAAGUUGUAGCCAAUCAGCUGUGUGAGUUUCUCCAGGAAAGUUACGUAUAUCAAAACUUUAAGUCGGGGUUUAGAGCAAAAGUCACCAAUGACCCUCCAAUAGUUUCAGAUCAGGGAUUUGUGUCAGUCCUCGUUCUGCUAGAUGUUAGUGAAGCAUUCGACACUCGUGACCAUCACAUUUUAUUACAGAGACUACAACAGUUAAUUAGCUUUAAAGGAACCACACUAAACUGGUUUAAAUCAUAUUUGUCAGAUCAAUUCCAUUCGUGCAAAUUAAUGAUGAGUCUGCGCGCACCAAAGUUAACCAAGGUGUUCCACAGGGCUCUGUGCUCGGCCCAAUUUUAUUCUCAUUUUAUAUGCUUCCACUAGGAAAAAUUAUCAGGACACACUCUGUAAAUUUCCACUGCUAUGCGGAUGACACCCACUUAUACUUGUCAAUAAAACCUGAACAAUGUAAUCAAUUAACGAAACUCCAAGCAUGUCUCAAGGACUUAAAAACAUGGAUGACCCACAAUUUUCUCUUAUUAAAUUCAGAUAUAACAGAGGAUAUAAUACUUGGCCCUAAACACCUUAGAGAUACAUUAUCUAAUGAUAUAGCUGCACUAGAUGACAUUGCCCUUGCUUCCAAUGAAACAGUCAGGAACUUGAGAGUGAUCUUAGAUCCCGAUUUGUCCUUUAAUUCUCACUUAAAACCAAAUUAUAGGACAGCCUUCUUCCACUGGGUAAAUAUCUAAAAAAUAAGGUAUGUUCCUUCUCAAAAAGAUGCAGAAAAGUAGUCCACGCCUUUGUUACAUCCAGACUUGAUUAUUUGAAUUCCUUAUUAUCAGGCUCCAGCGGUAAGUCGUUAGAGACUCUGCAGCUUGUCCAAAAUGCUGCAGCACGAGUCCUGAAGAGAACCAAGAAAAGAGAGCACAUUUCUCCUGUGUUAGCUUCGCUACACUGGCUUCCAGUUAAAUCUAGAAUAGGAUUUAAAUUCUCCUCCCCACCUUCAAGGCCCUUAAUAAUAUGGCACCAUUAUACCUCAAAGAGCUGAGAGUACCUUAUCAACCCACUAGAGCGCUGCGCUCCCAGAAUGCAAAUGGCUGCAAUAAAACAGAGUGAAACAUUUAAAGGGGUCUGAAUACUUUCCGUACCCACUGUAUGUUUGUAAAUGGCAGUGGCAUGGCCACCCUGUACCUUGCACAUGUUUAAAUU